AUGGCGAAAGAGCUAGCACCCCGUCUCCUGCUCACGCAGAUCCUCCGCACGAUCCUGCUGUUCUUCAGCGCCGCCUUCCUCGCCAACUACCACACCUACAUCGGGCCGUUCCGGGCCCUCUUCAGCGCACACGGCUCCAUGGCCACCUCGUGGGCCGUCGUGGCCUGGAACGCCGUCUGCAUCUCCGCCGCCGCCGUGCACCCUUACCUGCAGCGCUUCGCUGACGGCCUGCCGUUCCCCGUGAGCGUCACCGUGAGGGGCCGGACGGUCCUGGCGUACGGGGACUCGGACGAGGGCGGCGACGGCCUGAUGGCGCCGCUCGCGGCCAAGCUCGUCUUCGCGUUCGUGGACGUGGUGCUGGCCACGCUGUUGGUGGUCUUCUCGACCCUGGCGCGGGACCUCGCGGUGGAGUGCGGGGAGCCGCGCUGCCUCGGGAGGGUCUUCCACGUGCAGGGCUGGAUCCUGAACGCCUGGUUGGUGAUCGUCGUGGUGGAGUAUCUGCUGGCCGUCAUCCAGGGGUUCGAGGCGCUGGGCAUCUGGUACAGCCAACGAUACCUGAAAAAGCAGGGACAGAUUAGUCUGGCUUGA